UGCCACCUUUAAUUAUUAGUACUAAAAAUACAUAACUUAGAGCUUCAAUUAGCUCUUUUCUAGCUAUGGCUUACACAGCAAUUUGUAUUCUCCUAUUGCUUUCAAUAUUUAUGCACUGCGAAGCGCAGUUAACUCCAACAUUUUACAAAAAAACAUGCCCUAAUGCGCUUAGCACGAUUUGUAAGGUCGUGAAUCAAGCAGUAUCACGUGAGCGUCGCAUGGCCGCUUCUCUCAUUCGUCUCCAUUUCCAUGAUUGCUUUGUCCAAGGUUGUGAUGCAUCAAUUUUACUUGACGAGGCUCCGAAUAUCAAAAGUGAGCAGACAGCGGUACCUAAUCAAGGAUCUGUAAGAGGUUAUGAUGUUGUUGAGGCGGCAAAGAAGGAGCUCGAGAAAAUGUGCCCUGGAGUAGUAUCUUGUGCAGACAUUUUGACUAUCGUAGCACGAGAUGCAUCUGCCGCUGUUGGUGGUCCUUCAUGGAAGGUUAAACUUGGAAGAAGAGAUUCCACCAUGGCAAAUCGUACUCUAGCAAACAUUGAUAUACCUAGUCCCGUUGAUAGCCUUGACACUCUUAUAUCCAGAUUUUCAAAGAAAGGACUUAGUGCAGAGGACAUGGUUGCCCUAUCAGGGGCACACACCAUAGGCCAAUCAAAAUGUUCUUCAUUUCGAAACAGAAUUUAUAAUGCAUCAGAUAUAGAUGCAAGUUUUGCUAGCACUAGAAGACGUCAAUGUCCUAAAAAUGGAGGAAAUGGAAAUUUGGCCUCACUCGAUUUGGUCACGGACAAAAAAUUUGAUAACAAUUACUUCAAGAAUCUAAUGCAGAGGAAAGGCCUCCUCCAAUCCGAUCAAGUUCUUUUCAACAGAGGAUCAACAGAUAGUAUUGUUUCUAAAUAUAGCAAUGAUACUCGUGCAUUCUUCGCGGAUUUUGCUAAAGCCAUGGUUAAAAUGGCAGAUAUUCAACCCCUCACUGGUCGAAAUGGGAUCAUAAGGAGAGUUUGUAGCACUGUCAACUAAUUUUCAGAUUUAUGAGUAGUUUUUGUGUCAUCUUGUGUGGUUCUCGUAAUUGUUAUUUGUCAAUCUGCACUGUGAAAGCAGUCCUUCAUAUUUAACUUUUGAUUCAAUAUGUUAAUUCACAUAUUAGU